GUAGCGAGUAAACAGAUUGUUGUCAUUAGAGCAAGAGUGACCAGCGGGGAGGACGACGACCUAUAAGCGAGCACUAAGAUGAGCAAAAACCAACAUUUUGGUAUUUAUUAACGUCUCUUUUUUUUAAUAACAUUGUCUUUUUGACGGGCGUGUCCCACCGCGUUUAAGUCGUCGUAGUUGGAAAACAUCGUAUUUUUGGCCAAGCUAAUGCUAACACCAGCUCGCCUCCGUCGUCCGUCCUCCGUGCGGCCGAAGUAGCCGAGCGUCCGCUUCCUCUUUCCGCCGAGCCGCCCUCCCAAGCCAUGGAGAAAAGUAGCCGCCUGCUGGAGCUCCUCCGCUUCCUACGAGACCCCCACCUGGUCGCUCGCUUCCAGCACAUUUGCGGGGUGCGAGCGACGCUCUCCAGGAGCGGCGGCGGCGAAGUGGAGCCGAGCGAGGCGCACAACAACGGGGCUUGCUACCACCAACUGGGCGAGGAAACGGCGGCGGUUCGGAAGAGGACGGGCGGUUUAAAGAGCUCCCCCCGCAACGGCUCCCUGCCAACCGGUGUGGCCGAGCACAGCGGGGCCACGACGGAUGGAGCUGGGGAAGCCGGCACGGUCAAGCCCCUCCGCAGAAACUCCUUGACCGGGGACGCCGGCCAAGAGUUUCAGGUGGGGAACCGCUUCUUGUACUACCUGUUCACCUUCGGAACCGAGCUGGGCAACGAGUUCUUCUACAUCACCUUCUUCCCCUUCCUAAUGUGGAACGUGGACGCCUUCGUGAGCCGGCGGCUCAUCAUGGUGUGGGUGUGGGUCAUGUACCUGGGCCAGUGCACCAAGGACGUCUUCCGCUGGUCCAGACCCGCCUCGCCUCCCGUGGUCAAGGUGGAGAUGUUCUACAACUCCGAGUACAGCAUGCCGUCCACCCACGCCAUGUCCGGCACCGCCAUUCCCUUUGCCCUCUUCUUCAUGACCUGUGGCCGCUGGGAGUACUCCGUCACACUGGGUUACGUCUUGGCUUUCUGCUGGUGUCUGCUGGUCUGCGUCAGUCGGAUCUACAUGGGCAUGCACUCGGUUCUGGACGUCAUCGUGGGAGUGAUCUACAGCGUGGUCAUCCUCCUCGUCUUGCUGCCGGCGUUGGACGCCAUCGACCACUUUGUGCUGACCUGCGUCUACGCCCCGCUGGUCAUCGUGAGUCUCCACCUGAGCCUGGGCCUCUUCUCCUUCACUCUGGACACGUGGAGCACGUCCCGAGGCGACACGGCGCAGAUCUUGGGCUCGGGCGCCGGCGUGGCCCUGGCGUCCCACGUCAACCACCGCCUGGGCCUGAUGCCGGACCCGCUGGCGGAACGUCUCCCCCUGUCGCUGCCCGCCCUCAGCGGGGGUCUGGUGGGGGCGGCGGCGCUGCGUUUCCUGCUGGGCGUGCUGGUCCUGGUGGCCACGCGGGCGCUGAUGAAGGCCCUGACCAUCUCGCUGGUGUGCCGCGUCUUGGCCAUUCCUGGCGACGACGUGAGGAAGGCGAGGCAGCACAUGGAGGUGGAGCUUCCCUACCGCUACAUCGUCUACGGGACGGUGGGCUUCAACGUGCUCUUCCUGGUGCCGCUCAUCUUCAGCUACCUGCCGCUCUGUUGACCGCCUCCUUGCCAGUGACAGCACGGCGCCCCCUGAUGGCGUCUGCCCUAUUCACGGUUAUCGGAAUAACACUUUCUUCGACGGAUCACUACUGAUUCCCGAGCACCAACGUUGAUUUGCACUGACGACAUCCGGGCAGGAAGUCUUUUUUUGCGGACGCAAACGAGCCGUCAGCUCUGUGCUCACUUGCCCUUCCUGUUCGGAGAAAAGCACAAGCCGGCACAUAAGAUCCACUUUGAAGACCUAAUGUACACUGUAAGAACCGAAGUCGUGUUGUCUUUUCCACACGAGUGGUGCUACACCAUUUUUACCGCUGGUUUCACAAUCGAUUUCAAUCCGCGAUACAAUGAGAGAUAUUUUUCCAAGAUUCUUUAGUUAGACAUCAAUCGUAGAACUGUGAUUGGUCGAUUGGGACCUCUUGUUUUGACCCGGCCAUGUUUGAUACUUUUUAACAGAUUCAUCACUCAAUCAAUCAACGUUUACUUCUAUAGCCCUGAAUCACGAGUGUCUCAAAGGGCUGCUCAAGUCUCAACAACAUCCUCGGCUCAGAUCCCACAUCAGGGCAAGAUAAAAACUCAACCCAUCGGUAUGACAAUGAGAAACCUUGGAGGGGACCGCAGAUGUGGGGACGUUCCCCUGGGCGACCGGUGCAAUGGACGUCAAGUGGAUCGAACAUAAUAGUGUGAGAGUCCAGUCCAUAGUGGAUCGAACAUAAUAUUGUGAGUCCAGUCCGUAGCGGAUCGAACAUAAUAUUGUGAGUCCAGUCCAUAGUGGAUCGAACAUAAUAUUGUGAGUCCAGUCCGUAGCGGAUCGAACAUAAUAUUUUGAGUCCAGUCCAUAGUGGAUCGAACAUAAUAUUGUGAGUCCAGUCCGUAGUGGAUCGAACUAAAUAUUGUGAGUCCAGUCCACAGUGGAUCGAACAUAAUAUUGUGAGUCCAGUCCAUAGUGGAUCGAACAUAAUAUUGUGAGUCCAGUCCAUAGUGGAUCGAACUAAAUAUUGUGAGUCCAGUCCAUAGUGGAUCGAACUAAAUAUUGUGAGUCCAGUCCAUGGUGGAUCGAACAUAAUAUUGUGAGUCCAGUCCAUAGUGGAUCGAACAUAAUAUUGUGAGUCCAGUCCGUAGCGGAUCGAACAUAAUAUUGUGAGUCCAGUCCGUAGCGGAUCGAACAUAAUAUUGUGAGUCCAGUCCAUGGCGGAUCGAACAUAAUAUUGUGAGUCCGGUCCAUAGUGGAUCGAACAUAAUAUUGUGAGUCCAGUCCGUAGUGGAUCGAACUAAAUAUUGUGAGUCCAGUCCAUAGUGGAUCGAACAUAAUAUUGUGAGUCCAGUUCGUAGUGGAUCGAACACAAUAUUGUGAGUCCAGUCCGUAGCGGAUCGAACAUAAUAUUGUGAGUCCAGUCCGUAGCGGAUCGAACAUAAUAUUGUGAGUCCAGUCCGUAGCGGAUCGAACAUAAUAUUGUGAGUCCAGUCCGUAGCGGAUCGAACAUAAUAUUGUGAGUCCAGUCCGUAGCGGAUCGAACAUAAUAUUGUGAGUCCAGUCCGUAGCGGAUCGAACAUAAUAUUGUGAGUCCAGUCCGUAGCGGAUCGAACAUAAUAUUGUGAGUCCAGUCCGUAGCGGAUCGAACAUAAUAUUGUGAGUCCAGUCCGUAGCGGAUCGAACAUAAUAUUGUGAGUCCAGUCCAUAGAGGAUCGAACAUAAUAUUGUGAGUCCAGUCCAUAGCGGAUCGAACAUAAUAUUGUGAGUCCAGUCCGUAGUGGAUCGAACAUAAUAUUGUGAGUCCAGUCCAUAGUGGAUCGAACAUGAUAUUGUGAGUCCAGUCCAUAGUGGAUCGGACAUAAUAUUGUGAGUCCAGUCCAUAGUGGAUCGAACAUAAUAUUGUGACUCCAGUCCACAGUGGAUCGAACAUGAUAUUGUGAGUCCAGUCCACAGUGGAUCGAACAUGAUAUUGUGAGUCCAGUCCAUAGUGGAUCGAACAUAAUAUUGUGAGUCCAGUCCGUAGUGGAUCGAACAUAAUAUUGUGAGUCCAGUCCGUAGCGGAUCGAACAUAAUAUUGUGAGUCCAGUCCGUGGUGGAUCGAACAUAAUAUUGUGAGAGUCCAGUCCAUAGCGGAUCGAACAUAAUAUUGUGAGUCCAGUCCGUAGCGGAUCGAACAUAAUAUUGUGAGUCCAGUCCGUAGCGGAUCGAACAUAAUAUUGUGAGUCCAGUCCGUAGCGGAUCGAACAUAAUAUUGUGAGUCCAGUCCGUAGCGGAUCGAACAUAAUAUUGUGAGUCCAGUCCGUAGCGGAUCAAACAUAAUAUUGUGAGUCCAGUCCACAGUGGAUCGAACAUAAUAUUGUGAGUCCAGUCCAUAGCGGAUCGUACAUAAUAUUUUGAGAGUCCAGUCCAUAGCGGAUCGUACAUAAUAUUUUGAGAGUCCAGUCCAUAGUGGAUCGUACAUAAUAUUUUGAGAGUCCAGUCCAUAGCGGAUCGUACAUAAUAUUUUGAGAGUCCAGUCCAUAGUGGAUCGUACAUAAUAUUUUGAGAGUCCAGUCCAUAGUGGAUCGUACAUAAUAUUUUGAGAGUCCAGUCCAUAGUGGGGCCAGCAGAGGAUCAUUUUGAGUCAGCAGCCCUGAGACUUCCCCAACUGAUGCACAGACGAGCGGUCUACCCUGGGUCCCCACUUUGGACAGCCAGCGCCUCAUCCGUGGUCACCGAAUCAGUUGUUGUUGAGCUUUAAGAAGACCUCUUCAAAUUGUUCACAAAACUAGAAAACGAGGCUACGUUCACACUCCAGUUUUUCGUUUUUUUUCUUUGUAAAUUCCGAUCUUUUCGGCGGCUGUUCAAAUUACCCCCCAAAAAAGUGAUUUUUAAUGUGAAUGCAAUCCGACCCGACGUGAUGUUUACGGAAGUAGAAAUGGCUUCCGCUGGUCUUGCGAUUUCAAGGUUUUUGUGCAAUCAAAGUCAACAUUUUCUGAACCAAAUUAUUGCGCGUAUAAGACAAGUACUUAAGCUCUGGCAGUUUUGCGUUUCGGCGAAUAAUCGGUGGAUGCUAGUUCCCAAAACGAUAUUUUCACCGAUUUGUCAACUAUUUCUUUUGUAAAAGUUUAUUUUGGCAGACUAUUAUGACGCUUCACGCUAUUUGAUGACGUUCUGAUCGGAUGAAGGCUCACAUCUAGGAUGGAUCGCUUAUACAUCCCAUUUAUUUCCUCAUACCAAAGCGAUUAAAAAAAAAUUGGGAAUUGCACUGUUCACACGGACUUUAAAAAAAAAUGUGAUACGGAUCGCAUACAAGAAUUGACAAAUCCUUAUUGCCUUUUUGUCGCACAGUCGACGCAACAUUGAGUAAUUCUACAGAAAAUAACUGGGUUUCUUUAUUUCCAAAUAGCCUAAUGUUGCGAUAAAGAGUUGAAACGUUAAAAAGUAAUCAAAACUAUACAUUUGUCAGGGAAAACUCACAGGUGACCAAAUAAUCCAUCCGUCCAACUUCUUCCGCAUAUCCGAGGUUGGAUCAAAUGGGCAGCAGCCUAAGCAGGGAAGCCCAGACUUCCCUUUCCCCAGUCACUUGGUCCCGGGGGAUCCCAAGGCGUUCCCAGACCAGCCAGGAGACAUAGUCUUCCCAACGUGUCCUGGGUCUUUCCCCUGGCCUCCUACUGGUCGGGCGUGCCUGAAACACCUCCUUAGGGAGGCGUUUGGGUGGCAUCCUGACCAGAUGCCCGAACCACCUCAUCUGGCUCCUCUCGAUGUGGAGGAGCAGCGAGCCUCUUGAGCUUCUCACCCUAUCUCUAAGGUAGAGCCUUGCCACCUGCGGAGGAAACUUUUCGGCCGCUUGUACCCGUGAUCUUGUCCUUUGGGUCAUGACCCAAAGCUCAUGACCAUAGGUGAGGAUGGGAACGUAGAUCGACCGGUAAAUUGAGAGCUUUGCCUUCCGGCUCAGCUCCUUCUUCACCACAACGGAUCGAUACAGCGUUCGCAUUACUGAAGACGCCGCACCGAUCCGCCUGUCGGCCUCACGAUCCACUCUUCCCUCACUUGUGAACAAGACUCCGAGGUACUUGAACUCCUCCACUUGGGGCAGGGUCUCCUCCCCAACCCGGACGGAGGUGGCACUCCACCCUUUUCCGGGCGACAACCUUAGACUCGGACAUAGAGGUGCUGAUUCUCAUUCCGGUCGUUUCACACUCUGCUGCGAACCGAUCCAGUGAGAGCUGAAGACCCUGGCCAGAUGAAGCCAUCAGGACCACAUCAUCUGCAAAAAGCAGAGACCUAAUCCUGCAGCCACCAAACCGGAACCCCUCAACGCCUUGACUGCGCCUAGAAAUUCUGUCCUUAAAAGUUAUGAACAGAAUCGGUGACAAAGGACAGCCUUGGCGGAGUCCAACCCUCACUGGAAACGAGUCCGACUUACUACAGCCACCAAACCGGAUCCCCCCAACGCCUUGACUGUGCCUAGAAAUUCUGUCCUUAAAAGUUCUGAACAGAAUCCGUGACAAAGGACAGCCUUGGCGGAGUCCAACCCUCACUGGAAACGAGUCCGACUUACUGCAGCCACCAAACCAGAUCCCUUCAACGCCUUGACUGUGCCUAGAAAUUCUGUCCUUAAAAGUUAUGAACAGAAUCGGUGACAAAGGGCAGCCUUGGCGGAGUCCAACCUUCACUGGAAACGAGUCCGACUUACUGCAGCCACCAAACCGGAUCCCCCCAACGCCUUGACUGCGCCUAGAAAUUCUGUCCAUAAAAGUUAUGAACAGAAUCGGUGACAAAGGACAGCCUUGGCGGAGUCCAACCCUCACUGGAAAUGAGUCCGACUUACUGCAGCCACCAAACCGGAUCCCCCCAACGCCUUGACUGUGCCUAGAAAUUCUGUCCUUAAAAGUUAUGAACAGAAUCCGUGACAAAGGACAGCCUUGGCGGAGUCCAACCCUCAUUGGAAACGAGUCCGACUUACUGCAGCCACCAAACCGGAUCCCCCCAACGCCUUGACUGUGCCUAGAAAUUCUGUCCUUAAAAGUUAUGAACAGAAUCGGUGACAAAGGACAGCCUUGGCGGAGUCCAACCCUCACUGGAAACGAGUCCGACUUACUGCAGCCACCAAACCGGAUCCCCCCAACGCCUUAACUGCGCCUAGAAAUUCUGUCCUUAAAAGUUAUGAACAGAAUCGGUGACAAAGGGCAGCCUUGGCGGAGUCCAACCCUCACUGGAAACGAGUCCGACUUACUGCAGCCACCAAACCGGAUCCCUUCAACGCCUUGACUGUGCCUAGAAAUUCUGUCCUUGAAAGUUAUGAACAGAAUCGGUGACAAAGGACAGCCUUGGCGGAGUCCAACCGUCACUGGAAAAGAGUCCGACUUACUGAAGCUACCAAACCGGAUCCCCCCAACGCCUUGACUGCGCCUAGAAAUUCUGUCCUUAAAAGUUAUGAACAGAAUCGGUGACAAAGGGCAGCCUUGGCGGAGUCCAACCCUCACUGGAAACGAGUCCGACUUACUGCAGCCACCAAACCGGAUCCCCCCAACGCCUUGACUGUGCUUAGAAAUUCUGUCCUUAAAAGUUCUGAACAGAAUCCGUGACAAAGGGCAGCCUUGGCGGAGUCCAACCCUCACUGGAAACGAGUCCGACUUACUGCCGGCAAUGCGGACUAAGCUCUGACACUGAUCUUACAGGGAGCGGACCACCACAAUCAGACAGUCCGAUACCCCGUACUCUCUGAGCACUCCCCGAGGGACAAGGUCGAAUGCCUUCUCCAAGUCCACAAAGUACAUGUAGACAAAUGAAAAUAAAUUUGUUGCUGACUUUUGAGACCUUUAUGAAUGAGGGGGUCCCGUUUGGCUCCUCAGGGUAAGAGUGUAUAGUCGAUGUCAAACUUGCGCAAGGGUUCAGACGGAACCGUACUAGAACACCGUAGGUUCUACAGAGCGUGUGGGCGAACUAUCGGACCCGGGAUUUGAUGUCCGUGAAAAAUUGCGACCUCUAUCGCGUUCGGAAUGCAGUUCGUUCGGAUAAAGAUCGGAUUACGCGAAAGAGGCCUGGGUCAGAUUCCGAGACGUCUGAAUUGGAACAGUUCCUACCAACAUGAAAAAAUGUAAACCACGGGAAAAAAGGGCGGUGUGAACGUAGCCACGGAUGCUAUGCUAGUAGUCCACUUCAGACUUGCAGGGUAGAUCUUCAAAAUGUACCAAAAACUUCCUCACACCGACACGAUCGCUCGUUCCUGGGUUUUGCGGCCGACUGAGCGCGCCGGACUUCCACAAAGGUCAGGACCACGACCUGGGAUCUCACCUGUAAACAAGCGACCAUUUUAUACGAAGACUUUCAGCCUGAAUCCCAGGCAGGACCCAGAACCUUUUUUUCUCAGGUGACCAAAUAUGGCGGCUCAACCGCCAGCCCAGCUCCACUUUAGCGCCCUCUAGUGCCUAACGAGGUCAUUGCAGGGUUUUCCACGUGGCCUUUCUGCACUUCACCCAGGUGCAAACUCUACCAGCGUCUAUAUCAGGGGUGUCCAAACUCAACCCGGCGAGGUCCCAUCAUUUUGCAACAUGUUUCGCUGGAAACGAUGGAAAGCGCCACCUGACACGGGAAAGUUAUCACACAUUUUAAAGAAAUUCCAAACUCUACUGCCAUCUGGUGGCUAAAGUGGAUAUUGGAAAUGUUUCACGUGUCGGGUAAAUGUGGCCACGUGAAUCCCUUUCUUACUGUACUUCAACUUUUAUAAUGGAAAAGACGCUCAAAUGAGUUAGUACAGUAGUACCUCAGUUUUUGACUAAUUUGUUCCCAAAGGUCUGAUAAAAACCGAAGCAAUCCCCCCAAUAAGGAAUAAUGUAAAUCCUAUUCAGCCUUUUUUUUAACCAGGUAAAAUCCCAUUGGGAUCAAAGAUCUCCAUUCAUGUGUUCCAGCCCAAAACAUGAACACGAAACACAUUCUUUAUAAAACAUUCCAAGUUUCACAUGCAACAUUUUUUUUUUCCUUUUAAAAACACAUUCUGCGUGUUUUUUAAUCUCCUUUUAAGGAUAAAUAUACAUUUUGUGGAGUAAAAAAAAUACAUUGUCAUUGGCCAUUAAAACCUCUAAAGGCUUAUUGUCCACAUGCGUGGACAGCACCUUUUUAGCUAUUAUUUACAAAAUUGUGUACACUACUGAAUUGGGGUCUUAUGGCCACUUAUGUGGACACUUAUACUGAUGGUGUCAGAAGAGUAAAACAUUCAAUGGAAUUUGGGAAAAACUAGUGUAAAAAAAUAAGAAUCAGCAUGUCACUAAACAUGACGUACACGUUUGUGUACUUAUGGACUAAGUACAUCGUAUCAAAAUAUGAUUCUUAGUUUUUAUUGUAAUUAGGGUCUAAUGAGCCCAAAUAGAAAAGAGAAAUUAAAAAUAAAAAAAACAUGUAAACAAACAACUUGGGCCUCAAGAGAUAAAAGGAGAGCAAACGGUGUGGUUCAGUAUCAAGGCCUCUGAUUGGCUUAGCCCCAAGCAUCGGGUUAAAGGAGUUAUUUCCUGUUAUAAAUGGUUGUAAACAGUUUUUUUUUUUUUUUGCGCUCUUUGAAAGUAUUUGAUCAUUCCUAAUUUACAGAAAUCCAUGAGGGAAUAUUGCGCAUAUAAAUGAUGAAUAAAAUGUACAAACGAGAAAAUUCCCACGGAAAUUUUGACGGGGUCGGAAUUCGAAAUGUUAAAAAAACGGCCAAGUUUGAUGGAGUAGCUGCGACGAGGUGGCGACAUGUCCAGGGUGUACACUGCCUUCUGCCUGAAUGCAGCUGAGAUAGGCUCCAGCCACCCCUUCCCCCCCCGCUACCCCGAAAGGGACAAGCGGUAGAAAAUAGACAGAUGGAUGAUCGAGUAGGAACAUUUGAUUUAUUUGUUUUCUAGAACCAACAAUGGGGGGAAUUUUGUUGACUUUCUUGGCGAAAUUGAACACGCGGCCUCCAUAAACGGGACAUUUUCCUAGAGAGGACACGUGUGUCGACGUUUUCGCCGAAACACGUGACAUCGGAAUAAAAAAUGUGGCCGUGAGGACAGGUUGUUCACCAAAAAAAAGCGUAUUUCCAGGUCUACAGCAUCCGCUUUAAUGGGGGAACCCCGAUGGCGCUCGCCUCCUUCCGAUGGCGCUCGCCUCCUUCCGAUGGCCGCCCGGCAUUAACCAAACAUCGGAUGUAAAAGCAGACAAGUGUGUGAACACAAUGAGACGUUCAACACCGAGCUACGAGAAAGUAGGACUGAGCUACAAGAGGAGGCAUUCUCCAUUUUAAAGAUUGCGUACCUAUUCAACAGGCCCAUAGUUUCCGGAAUAGCGUCACCAUGGUAACACGAAAUGAUCCUCACUAUAAAUACUUCCGUCGUCCUCAUCGAGACCUUUCCGACGCUAUAAGAUAUGUAGGGGUUUGUUGGUUGGUUCGUCGCCCAUUAAUCGCCAAAGUUUAGGAUAGAUAACUAAACUAAAAUAUGAGCAGUGUUAAUAUGAGCUGCAGGCCCAUAAUUAAAUAUAUUGAACGCUCUUAUUUUGGUACGAGUUUGGGUUAGAAUUGGUAAGUGUUUCUCACCUUCUUUACCAAAAGUGCUGGCACUCACAACUUUAUUCGGCCCCGUGCUGAAUGACUUCCGAGCUGGGUUAUGGCUUCUAUGGUGAAAAUAAUGGAUUCCUACACCCUUGCAUGCUUCUUGUCGGACUUCUAGGAACUAUUUUUGAUACGCCGUGUUUUAAUUCAGUCCAAAUAAAUCCGAUAAAUGUG